ACUCCUACGCCCACUUUUCUCAGCACCAAGAGAUCGAGGAGAAACAUCAAUCAAUCCCACUCCGGCGUGUUCUCCACAAACUAGCAGCGCCCUAUAGGUGGCCGACCAUGGCGACGAGCGUGACAGGAUCUCCGCUUGCCUUUCCAUGGGAGCAGCAGCAGCUGGUGCUCCUGUACGCGAUCGCCGGCGCGGUUCUGGCGUGGUGCGCCGUGAGGACACUGGAGUGGGCGUGGUGGAGGCCCCGGCGGUUGGAGCGGGCGCUCCGGUCGCAGGGACUCAGGGGCACGACCUUCCAAUCCAUCGCCGGCGACGCGCCGCUGCUCGAGCGGCUCAACAGGGAAGCCAGGUCCCGGACCAUGCCGCUCGGCUGCCACAACGUGGUGCCAAGGGCGAUGCCGCUGUUCCACCAGACCAUGAAGGAGCACGGUAAAACGUCGAUCACUUGGUUCGGACCGGAGCCUAGAGUGACCAUCACCAAGCCUGAACUGGUGCGAGAAGUCCUGUCCAACAAGUACGGCAACUUUGAGAAGCUCAAGCUUGGCAGACUUCAGAGGUUGCUGCACAACGGUAUUGGGAGCCACGAGGGAGAAAAAUGGGCGAAGCACAGGAAGAUCAUCAACCCUGCCUUCCAUCUCGAAAAGCUCAAGCUCAUGUUGCCUGCUUUCGCCGCAUGCUGCACGGAGUUGGUGGAACGAUGGGAAGGUUUAGCCGUGGGUGAUGCGCCAUGCGAGGUCGAUGUCUGGCCUGAUAUGCAGAACCUGACGGGGGACGUCAUCUCCCGCGCCGCAUUCGGCAGCAGCUACCUUGAAGGCAGAAGGAUAUUCCAGCUUCAGGGGGAGCAGAUCGAGCUCACCGUGCUCGCCAUGAACAAGAUACAUAUCCCUGGUUACAUGUUCUUUCCAACCAAAUCCAACCGAAGGAUGAAGCAGAUCGCCGCGGAGAUCGGGAGCAUCCUAAAAGGCAUCAUUGAGAAAAGAGAGAACGCCCUGAAAGCCGGCAAAGCUACGAGCGACGAUCUUCUCGGGCUGCUGCUGGAGUCCAACAUGGCGCACUGCAGGGGAGACGGCAAUUCGAACGCCGGUAUCACGACCGACGACGUGAUCGGAGAGUGCAAGCUCUUCUACUUCGCCGGCAUGGAGACCACGUCGGUGCUGCUCACGUGGACCAUGAUCGUGCUCUCCAUGCACCCGGAGUGGCAGGACCGUGCCAGGGAGGAGGUCAUGCGUGCCUUCGGAUCUAGCACGCCAGAUUACGACGGCUUGAGUCACCUGAAAAUCGUGACCAUGGUGCUGUACGAGGUGCUGCGGCUGUACACCCCGCUCACGUCGCUCAUCCGCAAGACGUACAGGCCGGUGGAGCUCGGCGGCGUCAGCUACCCGGCGGGUGUGCUGCUCAUGCUGCCAUUGCUGUGCGUCCACCACGACAAGGAUGUCUGGGGCGCGGACGCCGCCGUUUUCCGGCCGGAGAGGUUCGCCGAGGGGAUCUCCAGGGCGUCGGCGGACGCGCCGGCCUUCUUCCCGUUCGGCUGGGGGCCGCGGAUCUGCGUCGGCCAGAACUUCGCGCUGCUCGAGGCCAAGAUGGGGCUCGCCAUGAUCCUCCAGCGCUUCUCCUUCGACCUCUCGUCCUCAUACACGCACGCGCCCUUCCCCGUCGGCCUGCUACUGCCAGAGCACGGCGCGCAAGUCAGGCUCACCAGGCUUCAGUGAGCUGCUCGAUUGGUUAAUCUGCAUGUACAGCAUAACACUGGUGGAUUCUAAGACUCACUGGCCCACUCAUCAACAACGUCUAAAAGGCAUGUUUGUGGGGUUGACUUUGUACACAAGUCGGUUCUACUCUUCUUCUUUUUCUUUAGGAUAAAAAAAGUUGCUUGGUUUAUUGAUCAACUGGUACAGUGGCUCACACAAAUAGGCAGACAACAUCUUUAAUGUUUAAUUUGUAAGUACUUUAGAGAUCCCCUUUAAGUUCAUACAAUAUAUGGUGAAUAUAUGUUUAUGUCAAUGAAAUGAGGUUCAGUAGCUCCAAAGAGACGUCCAUCUGUAAAUGGCUUAUAAUAAUACAUGCAUUUA